GCAGCAGCAGAAGAAGAGGAGUGGGAGGUUUCCCCCUCAAAGGACUCAUUGUAGGCAGGGAUGAGAGUGUGUGCAGCCGCGGUGUGUGUGCCGUGAGUGUGUGUAUGUAUGUGUGCGUGAUGAACCCCCUCCUUCUCCUCUUCUUCCUUAACUAGCUGGUCAGCGGCUAACGGAGGGAUUAGAGAAGCCAGCUCCACUUACUCACAAGCAGACGAAGGGGGAUUGCAGUGUGCGUGAAUCAUGCUCGUCGUCAUUACUACCGACUGGGAGUGGAGCCGAAAUUGUGCAAGAUACGGAUAACAGCAAAAGGGGGAAAGGUCCGUGUGGAUACAGUCAAGUUUCCAGCUCUUUUCUCUGCCGUGAAAAAUGCCUCAGAAGGGGCUCCACUCCUCCUGCUGCUGCUGCUCUGCUCGGACCCGUCGCAUUAUCUACCUUCCUCCCUCACAUGUGCUCUAUGUUGAAGAACUGACCAGGAGAAGAAACCUUUAAGGAGGGAAGCUAAAACCCAAAAGGACGCAGGGAUAUAUUGCCUUUUUUUUAAUCUUCCGCUUUCCCAAGUGGGAAAAAGAAGAGAUCAGAAGAGGAAAAAAGAAGGUAGAAAAAGUUGUAGUUGUUGGCGAAAGAGGAAACAUGGGGAACGCAGGGAGCAUGGACCAGCACCCUGAUUUCAGGGGACACAACAUGCCUCUGAAACUUCCAAUGCCCGAGCCAGGGGAACUGGAGGAGAGAUUUGCAACCGUGUUGAACUCCAUGAAUCUUCCUCCAGACAAAGCACGACUGUUGCGGCAGUAUGACAACGAGAAGAAGUGGGAGCUCAUCUGUGAUCAGGAGCGAUUCCAAGUGAAAAACCCGCCUCACACGUACCUCCAAAAGCUGAGGAGUUAUCUCGACCCUGCAGUCACCAGAAAGAAAUUCAGACGGAGAGUUCAGGAGUCCACCCAAGUCCUGAGAGAACUGGAAAUUUCGUUACGGACCAAUCACAUCGGGUGGGUGAGAGAAUUCUUAAAUGAAGACAACAAAGGCCUGGACGUGCUGGUGGAGUAUCUUUCUUUUGCACAGUAUGCUGUCACGUUUGAUGGAGACCUUGUGGAGAACAAUCCUGAGGCUGCCAUGGAUAAGUCUAAGCCCUGGAGCCGCUCUAUAGAAGACCUGCACGGAGGAAGCACUCUGCCGUCACCCAUCACAGGAAACGGCAUCACACGAGCUGGGCGACAUUCCACGUUACGUUGCAACACACUGCCGAGCAGAAGAACCCUGAAAAACUCCAGACUGGUCUCCAAGAAAGACGACGUCCAUGUCUGCAUCAUGUGCCUGCGUGCGAUCAUGAAUUAUCAGUAUGGCUUCAACAUGGUCAUGUCGCACCCACACGCUGUGAAUGAAAUUGCACUAAGUCUCAACAAUAAAAACCCAAGAACGAAAGCUUUGGUCCUGGAGCUCCUGGCGGCAGUUUGUCUCGUGAGAGGAGGCCACGAAAUUAUUCUCUCCGCGUUCGACAACUUUAAAGAGGUGUGUAUUGAGACGCAGAGGUUUGAGAGGCUAAUGGAGUACUUCAGGAAUGAGGACAACAACAUCGACUUCAUGGUUGCCUGUAUGCAGUUCAUCAACAUCGUCGUACACUCGGUGGAGGAUAUGAACUUCAGGGUUCAUCUACAGUUCGACUUCACCAAACUGUGUCUGGACGACUACUUAGACAAACUGAAGCACACGGAGAGCGAUAAGCUGCAGGUUCAGAUCCAGGCCUACUUGGAUAACGUGUUUGACGUUGGAGCACUUCUAGAGGAUGCAGAGACCAAAAACGCUGCUCUGGAGCGUGUGGAGGAGCUAGAGGAGAAUAUGUCACAUAUGACGGAGAAACUGCAGGACAUGGAGAACGAGGCCAUGUCAAAGAUUGUGGAGUUGGAGAAGCAGCUGAUGCAAAGGAACAAGGACCUUGAAUCCAUCAGGGAAGUCUACAAAGACACCAGCUCGCAGGUGCACUCUUUGCGGCAGAUGUUGAAAGAGAAGGAUGAGGCCAUCCUGCGACAGAGUAAACUGGAGAAGAAGAUCCAUGAGCUGGAGAGACAAGGCACCAUCAAGAUCCACAAAAAGGGAGAUGGAGACAUCUCCAUCCUGCCCUCGCCGCCACCUGGUGUGGAGGGCUUGGCGGGCUCUGUGAUGGGGGGAAAUGCUGCAGCUGUCGGUCCAAAUCAUAUGGGAGUUGUAGCGGGGAGCCUUGCUCCUCCACCACCUCCCCCACCUCCACUGCCUUUGAACGGCACAUUGUUAAACGGACCAUCAUCUGCCAUUCCUGCCCCAGCAGCUCCCCCACCUCCACCGCCUCCCCCUCCACCUCCCCCUCCCCCACCAGGGCCAAACUUCUCAGUACAUAUGCCUCCUCCGCCUCCUCCUGCAGCCCCGCCACUUCCCGGCUGUGGGACGCCCACUGUCAUCAUGAACUCCGGGUUAGCAGCUGUUAAGAUAAAAAAACCCAUCAAGACAAAGUUCCGUAUGCCCGUCUUCAACUGGGUGGCCCUGAAACCAAACCAGAUCAACGGGACCGUCUUCAACGAGAUCGAUGACGAGAGGAUACUGGAGGACUUAAACGUGGACGAGUUCGAGGAGAUGUUUAAGACAAAAGCUCAGGGCCCGGCAAUCGACCUCGGCAUGAGCAAGCAGAAGAUCAUUCAGAAAGGGCCCAACAAGGUGACACUACUGGACUCCAACCGAGCCAAGAACCUGGCCAUCACACUGAGGAAAGUGGGCAAGACUCCUGAGGAGAUCUGCAAAGCAAUUCAGAUAUUUGAUCUGCGGACUCUGCCUGUAGACUAUGUGGAGUGUCUGAUGCGCUUCCAGCCCACGGAGAACGAGAUCAAAGUCCUGAGACAGUUUGAGAAGGAGCGAAAGCCACUGGAGAGCCUGACGGACGAGGACCGCUUCAUGAUGCAGUUCAGUAAAAUCGAGCGGCUCAUGCAGAAGAUGACCAUCAUGGCCUUCAUCGGGAACUUCUGUGAGAGCCUGCAGAUGUUAACACCGCAACUUCAUGCUGUGAUCGCAGCGUCUGUGUCCAUUAAAUCAUCACAGAAACUGAAGAAAAUCUUAGAGAUUAUCUUGGCUCUUGGAAACUACAUGAACAGCAGCAAACGAGGAGCUGUGUAUGGGUUUAAGCUGCAGAGUUUAGACUUGCUACUUGAUACCAAAUCAACAGAUCGGAAGCUAACGUUGUUACACUACAUCGCCAAUGUAGUCAAGGAUAAAUAUGUCCAGGUUGCUCUCUUUUACAACGAGAUACACUAUGUGGAGAAAGCUGCAGGAGUGUCGUUGGAUAACGUCCUGCUGGAUGUAAGGGAGCUAAACAGAGGCAUGGAGCUGACCAAGAGAGAGUACAGCAUGCACGGCCACAACACCAUGCUCAAAGAGUUCAUCGCACACAACGAGAGCAAGCUGAAGAAGCUGCAGGACGAUGCUAAGAUUGCACAGGAUGCCUUUGACGAGGUGGUGAAGUUCUUCGGGGAGAACGCCAAAACAACGCCGCCCUCUGUCUUCUUCCCUGUUUUUGUGAGAUUUGUGAAGGCUUACAGGCAAGCAGAAGAGGACAAUGAGCAAAAAAAGAGACAGGAGCAGCUUUUGAUGGAGAAACUUCUAGAACAGGAGGCCAUGAUGGAGGAGAACCAGAAGUCUCCCUCUCAUAAGAACAAGCGGCAGCAGCAAGAGCUGAUCCAGGAGCUCAGGAGGAAACAGGUGAAAGACAGCCGGCACGUCUACGAAGGCAAAGAUGGAGCAAUUGAGGACAUCAUCACGGAUUUGAGGAAUCAGCCUUACAGGCGAGCCGACGCUGUGCGGAGAAGUGUCAGGAGACGCUUUGAUGAUCAGAACUUGCGGCCGGGGAACAACGGCGAAGUGAUCGUGUGACGAGGGAAACGGAGCAUGUGCUGGAAGGGGGGAGGAAGGAGGGAUGGAGGGGGGAGGGGGGGUUUGGAAGAUGGAGAGGAUGUGUAGCUUCAAAGGAAGGAGAGGAAGUUGGAUGAAGAGUGAAGGACGAUAAGUGAAAGAUGAAGAGUGUAGCAACCAUGGAGAUGAGUAUGUAUAUAUAUUACAUAAGAAUACAAGUUAUUCCAUGUCUGUGGUACAGUAGAAGCUUUUAUUUUGAAGGACUGAGACAUGUACUGGACUGAAUCUAAAGUGUCUGAAAGGUUCAUUCAGAAACCUUCCACGAGCUAAGUGCCUGAACUUCUUUGUGUGGGUUAACGUCACUCUGUCUCUUGUUUGUCUGAUGACUGUUUUUUAUACUCCCACUUUGAGCAAUACGAGUUGACCUGGCUUUAAUUUGUACGAUGUGUUUAACUGGACUUGCGGUGGCCUUAAGAGCCACGUGAAGAGAUGCGUCUUUGGAAACAUAAUGUAGAAUGUAUGGGACGAGUCCCCUGUAGCUGUUCUAAACAUUACAUCUGCCGGUGUUUUGGUCGACACCAUGCUGUGUCUCAGUACAUUCCUGUGCUAUUUCCAUUCCUCUUCGAACAGGCGUGCUCAAACUGCACUUUUUUUUUUUACAUCUCAUGAGGCUUUUCAACUUUUACUGAAAGGGCUGAUGGUCAGGCAACAAGACGGGGAUCAGAAACUGAGAAGACUUUAUAUUUGUAUUAAAGAAAGUAUAAGAGUUGUGGAGAUCGAACAGAAAAGACAUUAAAGUGAUUUGUUUCAAAACAAUACAGUAAAAUGUGAAUUGUAUAUAACAUGUUGCUCCUAAUCUGUAGAAUUAGGCCGCCUGCUCAAGUAAAAAAUGUACCAUCCACUUACCAUGAUGCAUUUCUGUAGCAGCACAGCAUUUAAGUUUGGUUUCUGGGAACAAGUGAAGCCUUUUGCUGAGCAAAAGGAGAAACUAAAACGGUAGCCCCAAGAGAACUUUCAUCCAUGCGUUGUAUUUACUCUGUUUUCUUGAGAUCUAAAAUGAACGUCAGAUGAUUUUAACUUGUAUCUCAAGAAAUGUGAAAGCACAAAAACGGAUAAAGGCUGAUGUCAUUAUGUAUGGAAGAGGAUAAGGGCCACCAGAGAAAUUAAAACAAAAAUAAGGUCAAAUUAUUUUAUUACUUUUAUUCUGAGAAAAAGUCAGAAUUCUGACUUUUUUUCUCAGAAUAACAAUAAUAAAAAAAUGUUUAACCUUAAUUUUUUUUCUGAAAUAAAAAGUCAGAAUUCUGAGAGUAAAGUCAGAAUACUGACUUUUUUCUCAGAAUAAUAAUUAUAACAAUUUAUGACCUUAUUUUUUAUUUUUUCCAGUGGUCCUAAUCCUCUUCCGUAUUUAUGUGAGUGAUAGCAGCAUGGCAUGUUGUGGUCUGGUCUAUCACAGUGACCUGCCUAUUGUUUUGUUUUCUAGAUCAUCAGAAAAUGAUCCUACCAUCACUUCAAAACAAGCUUUGUUACCUUGAGAUAAUUCAUCUGUUAAUAUGGGAGAAACAGAAUUAUUUUAAAAUACAGUAUAACACUUAAGACGAUCUGGAGAACACAGCUGAAAUACUUAUCACAGUCAGAGUAAAUCAACUGCAUGGGUGCAUGUCAGCUUAGGGCUCCUGUCAUUUUCAACCAAACGUAGACACUCUAAAAGAACAAAGCUCAACCUAACAGAGGAUCUCAUUUUUACAAACUGGAAAGAAUUUAGCAUUUCAUCUCCGUUCAUUGUUUUUACAGAUUAACUAUAUUCCAGGUUUCUGUGUCUACUCACUUUAUUGUAAUUUUAAUGUAUAGUAUUUAACCACUGAGAGGAUUCCUUGAAGCUUAUGUUCCAUCUGACAUUGUCAUUAAAAAAAAAAGCUAAACAAAGUACAGCAAACAAAAACCUUUCUUAUAUGUACAGAUAUUUUGCUACAUUAUUUUUUUUUUUUUUUUUUUUUUUACCUAACUCACAUUACCAGAUGGUUAAUAUUGUACAUAUUGUUUAAACAAAAGUUUUCAUUGCCUUGUGCUAUACAACUUGAAUGUUAUUUUAACUUAUAGUUUUGUUUCCAUUUUUUUGUUUGUAUUUAAUUAAGCCAAAUGCUUUCAGACUCUACAGCUGUGUGUUUAAUCAGAGUGUCUCACUGUCAUGCAGGAGGCAGCAGGUCACUGAAUUUGCAUGCGGGUGUGUCACAUAGCAACAAAACCAGGUACAAAAACCAUGCAUCAGAUUGUGAUUUACAGGUGUUGGUACAUUUGAGCACAAGUCAAACUCUGACACAGUGAACAUUGUGUCUGAUCAAGAUAGUUAACCUGUGAUUGGCUGGUUUUGGGGGCAGACUGACACACUCUCCUGUGAUCAUCUCCACUGAAGCACGUGCUGCUGUUCAUCUCCUUUCUCUCAACUUCACCGUAUGUUGUGACAUUUCUCUAACUGGAUAAUACUGGCAUGUUUUUUUUAAGUUCACCAGAAAUGUAUUUUAGACAGUUUGUGCUCAUGACAAAAUAACAAGCUUUUCUUAAAUUAGGUGAUAUGAGAUUUUCAAUGAAUAUGAUCAAAUAAACUAUUUACAUUGAAUAU